GGACGGUGAGGACUUCCUGUUACAAUUGCAUCCGACUGGCGUUAGGUGUAAGUUGUGCAAUUCGUGGAGCUGAAAAUGGCAGAGUAUGAGGUGUGCGCUAAAGGUGUUCUGAAACUAAAAGGCGAUUGUGGAAUCAAAAAGAGGAAAAAGAAGAAUGAUAAGAAGAAAUUACUAGAGCAAGUAUCAAAAAUUGCUGAAGUAGAGAAUGAAGAAAAAUCUCAAGUGAAUGAAGUAAAACGGACAAAAGCUGAACUGGCAUUUCAGAAGAUGCAAGAGAAAAUGCAAGAGGAGCGGAUUAAACAAAAGGCUGCAAUGACACACAAACAAAGAGUGGAAGAGUUCAACAGGCAUCUUGAUAGCCUCACAGAACAUUUUGACAUUCCAAAAGUCAGUUGGACAAAGUAGAAGUCAGUAUGGGGAGAAUAUGUCAGUACCUUGUAUAUAUUGUAUAUAGUUUCAUUUUAUUAUAAAAUAAUGUCAUAAAAUACAGCUUUGUAGAAGUAUAAAAAUAAAACAUACAUUAAACCAUGAAAACAUUAUACUUAGUAUGUAGUGUAGAUAGGUGGUUCAUGACAGCCAUAAACUUUGGUGCAAACACUUCAUUUAAUGCCAAUUUCUUAUUCAAUUCCUGUAAUUCCUGCAUUGUUAACUGCAAUUUCUGUAAACUCUUUAAUUGAUCCAGAAUUCUUACUGGCCAGUUUUCUUGCAUUAAUCUAUCCAUGGCUUGUGCUUGCAAUUCACAAACCCAAAUAUUCAUUUGACAUUACAUGAUCUUCCAUUGAAAUACAUUUAUGCAGAUUGAUAGUUUCACUUAAAUCAUUACUUUGCUCUUUAUUAGAUGUACAUAUCAGGAAAAUUGACAGUACUGUCAAAAUGCAUGUGUUUCAGUGGGCAUCCUCCACUUCCAGUUUUAGCUACAGUUUCCAAGCUCCCAUGUUCCAGUUUGGCAACUUGGUUCACAAUUGGUCAGUCUUCUAUUGUACUGGAUCUGUCACCAUAACAGAGUGUGCUGAGAGUUUCUUCUAAAUUAUAAUCUGCUGAACUAACACGCGCUAUCAUUAAUCUAAAUGUGUUACCUCCAAAAGAAUCUAACGCUGCCUUCAAAAAUUCUUCCUUCCCAUGUUGAGUUGUCAGCUCCUGGUUAGAAAUGAAGUAAAGAAGGGUGACGAUUCUUGCCUGCAGUUGCUACAGCUUCACCAGGCUUCAGUUGGUCUAGCUGUCCACUAUAAUAAGAAUUCUGUGAUGUAUACUUUUUCUGCUCUUGAGUAGGGUUUAUAUGUAUUGGAAUAAAACAUGGUCUGCCUAAUUGUGGAACAUUUUGUACUCCUGCAGUAUGUAUAUUAUUUUCCUCAAUAAACAUAUAUGAAGGCA